UUCACUGAUUACUCUGAUUCGGCCCAUAACAGCUAUGCUCGCCCACCUUCCAAUUUGGAUCCAUCUACUAGCUCUACUGACUGGCGAAAGGUGCCCUCGGACUGGCGCUUUAUGAAUUCUGGAUUGAAUGACGACAAGGACUUCGUUAGAGUGGCUGAUUGGCCUUCCUCUCGAGCCAGUGAUUUGACGACUGGCCGGUCGUCAGUAUAUGAGCCUGAAUACGGCGGUGCCUAUCUUGCCGUGCACUGGCGCCGUGGUGACUACGUCAGCCUCGCUAGUGGGCGCAGUGCCUCUGUAUACGAGGCGGUUAAGCAGAUUCGAGUUGCC